AAUUUUAGCAUCGCCACGCGAAUGUAAUUUCAUCUAUUUCUUUUGCAAAUAAAUUACAAAAUGUCGCACUUGGUGAAAAUGGAAAAUGGCCAGAGCCAGACCAUACAGGAAAUGUUGGGUUGCAUUGAGCGCUACAAUCCGGACCACUUAAAGAUACUCGAAUCGUAUGUUCAGGACCAGGCUAAGAACAACACCUACGAUUUGGAAGCAAAUUUGGCCGUCCUCAAGCUGUAUCAAUUCAAUCCUCACAUGCUCAACUUCGAUAUCACCUACACAAUUCUGCUAAAGUGUUUGACGAACUUGCCGCACACGGACUUCGUGAUGGCCAAAUGUUUGUUGCUGCCGCAGCAGAUGAAGGAUGAGAAUGUGCAGACAAUUAUUGACUUGGCCGAUAUAUUGGAACGUGCCGAUUUUACAUUGUUCUGGCAACGCGCUGAGGUCAAUCGCACGAUGUUCCGUCAUAUCAGCGGCUUCCAUGAUUCCAUACGCAAAUUUGUUUCCCAUGUGGUGGGUAUCACGUUCCAGACAAUCAAGAAGGAUUUGCUGAAGGAGCUGUUGGGCGGCAUUGAAGACUCCACACUGGAGAGUUGGAUUAAGCGCAACGGCUGGAAACAUCAGGGACAGGAUCUUGUGGUCGUAGCCACCCAGGACGACAAAAUCAAGACGAAGAACAUUACGGAAAAGAUCGAAUUCGAGAAUGUGGGUGCACUGAUGGCACAAUGUAUCUAAGCUAAUUAAGGUUUACAUCGGUUAAGUGAUGCUCGACAUGCCAAUAAAAUCCAGGCAACGACAUUUAUCAACUAAA